AUGACGUGGUUUAUAAAGCAGCCACCAUUUUCAAUAGAUAAUUUCACUGAUUUGUCUACAAAAUUCUUGACUCAAUUCUCGGCCAAUCAAACUACAAAGACAACCAUCUUUGAUUUGAUCAAUAUACACCAACAAUCAGGCGAGAAACUGAAGACUUACAUGGCGCGAUUCAGCAAGAUGGUGGUUCAGCUAGAGGAAGAUAGUCCUAACAUAUGUGUGGCGGCCUUCAAAAACGGGUUCAGGGCAGGGGCGUUAAAUCGAGAAUUAACAAGGCGCCUAGCUCGCGACAUGAUGGAUUUAAGGGCGAGAGUUCAAGAGUUUAUUCUGAUCGAGCAGGAUGAUCAAAAUAAAAAGGAAAGAGAGGAUUGGAGAAAGAACAUUCAACCAGGAGCAAUUCCGUUGGAAAAACCUAAGGCAGGAAAAGAUUCAAGGCUGGCGCCUACCCCUCGCCAGCCUAGACCGAGACCCUACCAACAUGCUAAGUUAGGAUUUCAAAGCAAUACUUGGCAUAGGAACAAUCAGGGAGUUUCAUCGGGACAAGUGGCUCAACCAGCUUCAUCGCCAAAUGUAGCACCAUUAACAAAGCUGAAUGCCCCACUAAGUACGAUCCUACGAGCGGUCGGACAAACAAACGUGGUACAAUAUCCACCGCCUCCUAGACGGCCCCCGACUAAUGUGGAUACUAACAGGUGGUGUGAAUUUCACAAAGCUCUGGGGCACACUACUGACAAUUGUUGCACUUUACGACGAGAAAUUGAUCGCUUAAUCAAGGCAGGACACUUGGCAAAUUUUAUCAAGGAUACCUCUGUUCAGGAGCCCGCCAAGGCGGCUCAGAUUGACAAAGGAAAAGGCAAAGAAGUGGUAGAGGAAUUAGAUGAACCUAUUGGGGAAUGUUCAUCCAUUGCAGGGGGAUUUGGCGGAGGAGAGCUUUCAAGUAAAGCUAGGAAGAGGCAUGUGGCGAUGGUACAUUCAGUACAUAAGGCGUCCGAGGGAGCGUGCUGGUUAAAUCAUUCCCCAAUCACAUUUACUCCACAAGAUUUUGCGCAUGUGAUUCCACAUGACAACGAUCCCAUUGUGGUCACAAUCAGGAUCAACAACUAUAAAACCAAAAAGGUGUUCCUUGAUCAAAGGUCAUCGGCGGACAUCAUUUAUGGCGACACAUUUGAUCGUUUGGGACUCAAAGAGUCAGACUUGAAGCCUUACCCAGGAACCCUUGUUGGUUUCACAGGUGAUCGUGUGAAUGUACCGGGCUAUGUGGAACUUCCAACCGUUUUUGGCGAAGGAGACUUCGUCAAAAAAUUCCAAGUCAAGUACCUAUCCUUGCCUGGCGAGCAAACUAUAAUGCUCUACUCGGUCGGGAUACGCUUAACAAGUUGUGCGCGGUAA